CCGCCGUUAAAGACAAGAAGAAGAAAGUUGCCGCCUCUGUGGGCACUGUCAACAGAAGAAGAAGAAAAUGGCGGAUGCUUCAAAUGAUACAGUGGUCGCCCAUCGCAUUUACACAAGUCUUCUGGCUGCGCACUGUCCCUUGUUAGAAGAUGGGUGCUUACAGGAUUCUGAGGACAUGCUGCAGCUCCUAUGCACUCCAUCCCAAUUUCGCACUGACAUACUGACCUGGAUCUGCUGCAGUAUAGACCCAAACUUUGCCAGUUUGAAAGAGAGGGCAUCGAAGAUCAGCAACCCGGAUAUUUUGAUAAAAGGGAUUGCUGUACUUGGCCAGGACUUGAUGCUGUGCAAAGGAGACAACCUGGACUUGAUAAAGGGGGAUGCAAAUUGCCGCCAGCAGCUUCAGUUUUUCGAGCAACUUCUCGCCGUGGUUCUAGAUUCCAGUGUGACCACUGAGCAUGGUGCAGAGAUGCUGCUGAACACGCUAUUUGCUACUGAGAGUCUGCCUCAUCUCACUCAAAUGCUCACGCCCUCCCUGGACCCGUGGCCUUCAAACAUGGCUUUACACAACAGUACCAAAUCAAAUCACAAGCCAAGAAGAGACGAUGCUGAGAACAUUGCUGCCCUUGUUCAGUCUACUCGCACCGUGCUGGAGAAGCUACAGUCUGAGUGCGAGUUCCUGAAAAAUGAGGUGCCGAGUGCCGGUGUCUUCACUCCCAGCGCACUGAAUUUGGCAAUGGGCGACCUCCAGCAGUUGAUGACUACUUUCUGCCACGUGUAUGAGACAGACCUGAGCGCUUGCUGCACUCGAGAGCCACCGGGUUUUAGCACAGAGACCGAAGUCUUCCAGAGAGUACACGAUCUGCUGCUGGCCUGCAAUACAGAGUUGGAAAUGCUAAACGAAGUGUCUGAUGCAUCAGCAUGUAUGAGCGACCAAGUAAGCCAGCUGCAAACAAAACUCUGCUGUGGGAGUCAGGGAAAGAAAAGCAAUCUAUCCGAGCAACUGGAUGAACUAACCAGGCGCUACAAAGAUUUUGUCUCCCGUCUUCAUUCCUCGGUGCAGCCAAUGCAGCAAACAAUACACCAAUAAAUGUCUCCAUCCUCAUGUCAUGCAGGGUCAUUGAAAAAGACUAAACCGAUUUCAUUAUGUAAUAUUUCAUCAAGGAAAAGCAGUUUUUUCCCUGGUGAGACACCAAAACGCCAUUACUGGAUAAUGCGGUAGCUUACCCCUGUAGGGUUAUUGAGAAGUGAAGUAGUAAACGUCCCUCCUUUUAAUGAAAUAUUCAGCUAGCUAAUUCUGCAGAGCCAACACUUUUGACAAAAAAGAUGGCGUAAAAAAAAACAUUGUGCGUGGGCCAACUUUCUUCCACACCACUAUACUGUAUUUUUACAGUUUUUCCUUUCACCUUUAUAUUUGGUCUUAAAUGUUGAUACCAUGUCAUAAUACUAUAUUCAGUGCUGUUGUGCAUAUUGGUGCACACCCUCAAAUUAAUUCAUACUAUCACACUGACUACAUCGGUUUGUUCUUUUUCAACAACCCUAUACUACUCUGUACUGUAUUUAUUAUUUUGAAAUUAAAGAUAAAUAGUC